AUGCUGUCCUAUCCAGUAACCGUCAUGGGCAACGAACACCACAUGGUUGACGCCUUUGGGCCGAAGGCUGGUGCAACACAGUCAUCCCGCCGCGAUGACAAUUCUAAUGAAUUCCACCGGCUCGUCCGUGCCCUCUCAGACGUCCUGGGCCCGUCGUCGGGUAUCAACUCAGAAGAUGUCGAUGAGAACGACCUUAUUCGGCUGAUGGAGGAGUACGACUCCCAGGAAGGUGACUGGUGUCGGUACGCCUUUUCCGACCCGAGCCGGAACUAUACUCGGAACCUCGUGGACGAGGGCAAUGGCAAGUCCAACCUUCUGCUCCUCGUCUGGAAUCCUUGCAAAGCUAGUCCAAUCCACGACCAUGCCGACGCCCACUGCGUCAUGAAGGUUCUCAAAGGAACCCUCAAGGAGACCUUGUAUUCGGUGCCACCAGGUCAGAGCGAAAGUGACAGCAGUUCUCCUGGUGCAGCCACGCCUCCUCAAAUAGUCAAGGAGACUUUGUAUCAUGAAAAUCAAGUCACCUACAUUUCAGAUAAGAUCGGCGUCCACAAAAUCUCCAACCCAUCACUUACGGAAGUGGCGAUAUCGCUGCAUCUGUACACGCCUCCACACGCUGCACACUAUGGCUUCAACAUAUUUGAUGAGAAGACUGGGAAGCCAACACACAUCCAACAGGCCGGGUUUUUCUCUGAUCGAGGAACGGUGAUCGAGAAGUGCAAGUUUGGUUCCUUUUAG